AUGAGCACUACUAGCGAACAGGAAGCGCGUUGGUACAUCAUCCACACCUACUCCGGUCAGGAGGAGAGGGUGAAGAAGAACCUGGAACUGCGCGUUACCACAAUGGAUGUGAGGGACAGGAUCUUCCAGGUGGUUGUUCCCACGGAGGAGGAGAUUGAGAUACGGGAGGGGAGGAGGAGGUCCGUCCGCCGCAAGGUGUUCCCCGGCUACAUCCUGGUCCAGAUGACCAUGGACGACAACAGUUGGCACGUGGUGAGGAACACCCCCGGAGUUACAGGCUUUGUAUCGGCUGAGGACGAGCAGGAGCGAAGGCCCAAGCCGGUGCCCUUGGAGGAGAACGAGGUCGAGAAGAUACUAAGCCAGAUGGAAUCCGAGGCUCCAAGGGUGAAGGUGGGCUUUACGCUGGGCCAGAGCGCACGAAUUACCGACGGCCCAUUUACAGACUUUAUCGGUGUUGUGGACCAGGUGAUGGCAGACAGGGGCAAGGUGAGGAUACUGGUCUCCUUCUUCGGUAGGGAAACACCCGUGGAGUUGGACUUCCUUCAGGUGGAGAAGCUCUAG